UGAUCCGAAAAUAUUUCGACAUUUUAACGUUUCACGAGCGAAAACAUUGAUCAGGAAUGCGGUCGAAAUAUUUUGUUUACACAAAUAUCCCGUAGGAAUGCGUCGCGCUCCCCGAUUCGUAUUGAAGCCGACCAGAUCGACAACGGUUUUACAACACCAAGUUGAAAUGGAAAUCGAUAAUCGAACGGAACCCGUAGGCGAUCAAAGUGAGAAAGAAUUUAGGGAGAACCUGGUUCAAGAGAUUUUAAACAAGAGCAUUACUUGCCACGACAAUCAAAGUCAUAUUUUUUCACGGCUGCUCACAUCGGAAGCCAUCAAUUCCAUCAACACCAACGUCUCUUUACUGACUGAUCACCUGGUUUUGACUUCGGCGGCUUGUAUCAGUGCUGAUAUCAUCGAGGCUUUAGGGGUGACAUGUGUCAUCAAUGCAGCCCCUGAGUUGCCAGACAUGCCUUGUGGGAGACACGUCAUCUAUCAAAAGGUCGCCAUCAACGAUUCUCCUCAUUCGGAUAUAGCGCAGUUUUUCGACCAUAUAGCUGAUAUUAUUGAAGAAGUAGCUUCAAUGCGUGGCCGAACACUGGUGUUCUGUGUAGCUGGGGUGAGCAGGUCAGCUUCCCUCUGCAUGGCUUAUCUUAUGAAGCACCAUCAAUUGACGCUCUUAGAAGCAUACAACUAUGUGAAAUUUCGAAGACCGCGCAUCAAACCGAACUGCGGCUUCUUCCAACAGCUUAUUGAGUAUGAGAAAACCAUGUUUAUCAGCAACACGGUCACGAUGGUCUUCAAUGAAUUCGUGCACAUGAAUAUUCCAGACGUUUACGAUAGCGAGUACAAAGUAGAAAGGAAUUUGAAUAGAAAAUUCCGGCAUAAAUAUACACAUUAAAUGAGGGAGGCAAAGUGGCUUUCCUCCCUUAUCUUACGUAAAACACGUACAUUUGUACAUUUAGCGCCAUUACACCGAGAAGAGAAUGGAAUUAAAUUAACAGAAAAAGCCGUAGGCUAAGUGAACCCUGAUGUGAUUCACUCACCUUGAAUGGUUAUUUUAUAUACAUAUGUAUAAAGCACGGGACCAAGUAAUCUGUUAUAUUUUUUAUUUUUAAUAAUAAAUUGUUUUUUUUGGGA